AUGGAUCUGUGGCCAAAAAAAAUUUGUUUUGACAACUCUUCUGUAGAGAUUAUUGAUGGCAAGGAAGUAAAUAAACACUCAGUUAUUGUUCUCGAAGUUGAGAUAAUAAAUGAUACUAAGAAAAAAUUUCAGGAGCCUGAGAUAAUUAUUGAUGCUGAAAAAAAAAAAGAAAAAGAACCGAUAGAAACUGAUGGAUUUGAUAAUGAUGGUGUUUCUGGAGCCUUAUUACAAACUUUUGUGACAAAAUCAGAUUUAAAACAAAUUUUGUCAGAGAUUUUAUCGAAGCAGUCAGGAUUUCAAGGUCACUCGAGUCAAGAUACUGGAUUACAAUGUAACAAUAAUAAAAUAAAAAAAUCGAACUCUCAUGACGUUGGCAACCAUGAUGAUGAAACUGAUUAUCGACAAGAAAUUGGAACUAAGGGAAGUGGAGUUUUUAUUACCUUGGAACAGUGGAAUGCUGUCAAAAAGAAAGCUACUUACACAUCAAUGGCAUUAGGACUAUCGGUGGCUGUAUUUGAUUCAAAUACUUUAAUUAAAAGUAAUUAUAAAGGAGGUAAAAGUAAAAUUAAAAGCGAAGAAAAUGUUCAGUACACUGCAUUGGAUUCUAAAAAAAUAGAUGCAAUUAAAGGUUUGCGCAAAUUUAAAAAUACCUUCGAUGAAGCAAAAUUUGUAACUGUAAUAAACAACAAAUUGGCUGGGAUGAGAAGAAAAGCUCGGAAUCAUAACCAAUCCGUCAAUGCUUCUGACCAAUUACGAGCUGAGCAAAUAGCAUCGGGAAAAAAAGAAGGUGAAGCGUUGACAUUAAUACAAGCAGUCAGCAGCACUCGAUUGAACUCGUGCUUAGAUAUGCUUGUACGAUUUGUUGAGCUAUCAGCAAUUGUAGCUAAAAUUUUAGCCACAAAGAGUCAAACCAAUAAAAAGACACCUGACAUGGUUGCAACUUCUCAACUUAACAUAAUACGAGAUCUUAUUAAUCUUCUUGGUCCUUUCAAAGAAGCUACUGAAGAGAUAAGUGAGGCACAUUACGUAACUUCAAGUCUAGUGAUUCCGGUCUCAAAUUUAUUGCGUCAAGCAGUAGAUCAAUCUGCACCAUCGACCCCUCUAGGAGAAACUGUAAGAAUGACUUUACUAGAAAAAAUUGACCAAAAACUAGCUUCCUUAGAAACAAAUACUUAUCCCUCAGCCGCGACGAUAUUGGACCCCCGCUUUAAACGAAUCCAUUUUAGGUCUCCAAGAGCCGUCUCAAAUUCAAUAUCAACAAUUAGCAACGACAUUCGUGUAUUUUGCACAAUUAGUUCAGUUAAUCAAGUUUUAGUUAAACAAUCAGCAAUGCCAAGAAAACGCAAAGGGGCUGAUUUGAGCCGUAAUACAAGUAGGUCCAGAAGUAUGAGAGAUAAAAGAUCCAAACGAACCGAAGAACUAGUCCAGCAACAAAAUGCUGAUGCACGUAUGCAUUUUCUCUUUUUCUUAGAACUAUAA